CUGAGAUCUCUCACACAAACUUCUCUCCAUCUCCUGAACGCUGUUUUUCAGUGAAACAUCAUGUCCAGGAACGAGAACAAAAACCAGGGUCGCUUCCAGGAGCCCAACUCCAACCUCGGUGCUGAAGAAGAUGAUUUUCUUGAAUUUGAACCUUUUCCAGAUGUUGAAGUUGAGGCAGGGCCCAGGACUCUGCCCUCUGGUGCUUUACAGGUGGAACAUGUUGACAUGAACUGGAAGACAAACGCUCAAGUCCACCACACCUACAUGUACAACACCAAUCUCCUGGUGGUUCGCCGUGGAACUGAGUUCCUUGUCACUGUCACCUUCAACCAACCUCUGACCCAGCAGGACACCUUCAAGUUGGAGUUCCUGAUUGGCUCCGAUCCUGCCGCCCAUAAAUGCUCCAGAGUCAGUGUGGAGUUCGGGCCAAAUGCGCACCAGUCGACCGCUAACUGCUGGCUGGGCAACAUCAUCGAAUCUCAGGGUAACUCUGUGACUCUGGGCAUCACCCCGACGCCCACAGCCAUUGUGGGCAAGUUUCGUACAUAUGUAGCCAUCAGGGAUCAGAACGGUUGGCAGAUCACCAAAAGAAACAGCAGCACUGACCUGUAUCUGCUCUUCAACCCCUGGAGUCCAGAGGACAGCGUGUUUUUGAAUAACGACAGCGCUCGCUUUGAAUACGUCCUGAACGACACAGGAGUGAUAUACCAAGGCACCGUGGACGCAGUCUCCCAGCGCUACUGGUCAUAUGGACAGUUUGAGCAGGGCGUCCUGGACGCCUGCAUUUACAUCCUGGACGCGUGUCACAUGCCAAUCAGUGAACGAGGCAAUGUUGUCAAAGUGAUCAGACAGGGCUCCAGCAUUAUAAAUGCUCAAGACGACAACGGAGUGUUGGUGGGCAACUGGAGUGACAACUACACCGGGGGAACGGCGCCCACGUCUUGGACUGGCAGCGCCAACAUUCUGCUGAAGUAUGUCCAAACCGGCAUGUCUGUCUGCUACGCCCAGUGCUGGGUGUUCGCCGGAGUCUUCAACACCUUCCUGCGCAGCCUGGGGAUCCCAGCCAGAGUCAUCACCAACUUCUCCUCAGCUCACGACAACACCGGCAACCUGAAGAUCGACCUCAUCUUUAAGAUGGAUGGGACGCCGGACCGUCGCAACACCAGGGACUCCAUCUGGAACUAUCACUGCUGGAACGAGGUGUACAUGGUGCGACAUGACCUGCCCGCCAAGUACGGAGGAUGGCAGGUUGUGGACGCCACACCUCAGGAGACCAGCGAUGGAUAUUACCGCUGUGGUCCCGCCUCCGUCAAUGCCAUUAAGGAGGGAGAAGUUUGUUACCCCUUUGACAGCGGCUUCUGCUUUGCUGAGGUCAACAGCGAUGUUGUCUGCAUGAAGCGUGAUCGCUAUGGCAACCUGUCUCCGUACUAUGUGGAUAAGACUAUGGUGGGACAGGCUGUGUACACCAAAUCUAUAACAGGCAACGAACCCGAGGACAUCACAGGAAACUACAAGGACCCUGAAGGUAGCCAGAAGAACGCUGAUGCUGUGGCUCGGGCAGAGAGUUAUGGGAUGUCAGGCGAUCACUCAGAGCUGGAGACUGGGAUGGUGACUGUUGUCAUCACUGUAGAGCAGAACUACUUGGGUGGUGAUGUCAUCCUGUCCGUGGAUUUCCACAACAGUUCCAACAGUCCCGCAUCCGUCAAUGCAGUCCUGACAGGCUGGAUCAUCAACUACACUGGAUACCCCGGUCCUGAGUGCAAACAUGAGAGCUUCGCUGUCACAGUGGAAGGACAAAAUAAAAAGCGUGAGGUGUUGAAGACCAUGGCUUCUGAAUACAUGCACCUAAUGUCCUACCAGCCCUGCCUCUACUUCACUGUGACUGGAACCGCUGGCGACCAAUCACUGACGGCUGUCAAGGUGGUUCAUCUGCAGACCCCGACCCUCACCAUAACGGUGUACGGUGUCCCUCAGGUCAACCAAAACAUGUUCGCUACUGUUACAUUCACCAAUCCCUUCCAGUUUGACUUGGAGGAUGUCACCAUAGCCAUGGAAGGAGCUGGAGUCAUGGAGAGCAAGACACACUCUUACAAAGUCAUUUCUACCAAGUCUUCAGUCACCUGGUCUGAGGCCUUCACUCCCCGUCUAAGUGGAUUACGAUGCAUCCAUGGAGUGUUGGACAGCAAGAAGCUGAGUGAGGUGUAUGGAUAUGUUGCAUUCACUGUCUACCCCUGAGAUCAUCAACAGUGAUGUGAUACUUUCCUCCUUCCCACCAAUCAAAGCGCAACAGAGACAAGCCAAUCAACUAUAUAAAGAAUCAAUGUAAUAAUUACUUGUGUUUGUCAAUUUAUGUGUCACCUAUAACAUAUUCAAAAUUAAUUUCAGUUUUCUUUCAAUACCAUCGUGGACUAUCAUGUGUAUGACUCUUUUAAAAAAAUAAUUAGACAGCAUUUAUUUGACAUUGCACUUGCUGUAUUUUUCCAGAUUGGAAUCUUAAUGCUAAUCAUGAUCAGUAAAUGCAACAUUUACUGCAAAAGGGUCAUUUGUAAUUUAAGACGAGAAAAAGACACAAAGUAUGUGAAAAUAUAGUUUAUCGUUUUUAUUCUUUUGAUCAAGUGAUUGUGACUUUAAUUUUACUGUUCGUUGCACGGAUGAUACCUGCUGUUGAUUUGAAACUGUCUACUUACAAUAAAGCAUAU